AUGUUAAGAUUUUUUUUUAUGGGGAAACGUUAUUUUGGUAGUUCCUAUUUAACGAAGAGGUUAAAAACAAUAAACGAAAGAGCAUUAAAAUAUCAUAUAGAUUAUACGAAAUCUCUAGAUAUAUUAGAAGGGAAGAACAGAAGUGUAAUGAAAGAAAUAUUUCCUAACAUGAAAAGUGAGAUAAAUGAUAUGUUUUUUUUAAAUAAUAAGGAUAAUGGUGAGAAAGGAUUAUUAGAAGAAGAUAUGGAAAUAUUAGAUAUAAAUAAAAUUAAGGAUAAAUAUGAAUAUGAAAUGAAAAAUAUGACUUUAGAAGAAUUUGGUAAUAUUAAAAUAAUACAUAAUGAUAUUAUAGAUGAAGAAGCAGAUUGUAUGUUAAUACCAAUGGUUUCUAAUUUUAUACCUAUGAGCGGUUUUGGUUCAUUUAUAUUAAAUAAAGGGGGUCCAGAAUUAGUUAAAGAGAUAAUAAUGUCAAUUAAAAAUUUAAUAAAAAGAAGAAUUGAUAUAUUGAAUGAGCAUAAGGAUGAAUAUGUACAAUCAUCUUUAGAAAUAAAUGGAGAACAAAAAUUUAAAGAAUUAUAUGAAGGAUCAAAAACAUUACAAAUUGGUGAUAUUAUAUUAAGUAAGCCACAUAAUGUUAGUAAAAAAGUGAAAUUAUUAGCAUUUUUAAUAAUGCCAUAUGUAUGGCAAGGUAAUACAUAUAUUUCAUCAAAUAAGUUAAGAUAUUGUUUUUCUAAUGCUUUAAAACAAUUAAAUGAAUUAUGUAUAUCUUCUAUUAUAUUACCUGAUAUCUCAGCAGGUAUAUAUGGAUAUAAUCCAAAUCAAUCUAGUAAUAUAUUACUUGAAGAAUGCGUUGAAACGUUAUUACAAUUAAAAAGUACAAUUCCAUUAUAUAAUAUAAAUUCUAUAUCCUUUGUUGAUAAGGAUUAUAAUACUUGUAAAAUAUAUAGUGAGGCUCUUGAAGAAGUUUCAAGAAAUUAUUUACCACAUAAAAAGGUAAUGCCUGCACCAAAAUAUUGGAAUAUGGUUAAUAGGAGAUUAUUAGAAAUACCAUCUAAUGUUAUUUAUUUUUGUAGAAGGCAUAAUAAAAUUUCAUUUAAAAAAUAUCAUGGAAUUAUAAGAAGAAAAUAUAAAAAUUAUUAUAGUAAUAUUAGACCAUUCAAAUGGAGAGCUUCAAGAGUUCUUGAACCAUAUCCAUUUCUGCUUUAUAAAAAAUCAGGAGAACCAAGUUCUUAUCAGUAUGGUUUCAAGACAAAUUAUUACAAGGAUAUAUCACAUACACUUUAUAAUAUUAAUAAGAAAGGGCUGGUAAAUAUUAGAGUAGGUUCACGUGGAAAGUUGCAGGCUCUGAAAAAAAUAUCCAAUUUAUGUUUGGACACCAAGCCAAGAUUAUAA